GGCGAGUCCUGCCAGCCUUGAGCCCGGCGUGCAGGGGGUGGCCAGCCCGGAGUAGCAGACGUGAGUUGCUUUGUCACCGCCCUCUCGGCGACUUUGGGCAAAUCACUUAGCAAUCCCGUUCCUCCGACGCCUGGUGUGUGUCUGGCGGGCGGGGCAGCCGCAGAGAAGCGGGUACCCGGGCCCCAGAGCCACGACCUACCGGCGUGCGCGCCACGGGACUUCGGUCCCCAGCGCGGUGCGGGGGACCCCGAGCGCAGGGCGCGGAGCCUCCUCCGCGGGAGGGAGCGUGGCGGUGGCGCUCCUCCUUUCUCCGGCGUCCCGGGGACCUCGGCGCUGUCCCAUCGCUGGCCGAGGGAGGGAGAGCAACUCCGGAGCAGCACGCGUGGCAGAGGAGAGAGCCGGGCUCGGAGUGCCGGGGUGACGCAGUGCCGGGGACCUCGCGCCCCGGGCCCCCAGCUCCCCGAAUGAAGACAUUCAGAUGUUGCUGUAAAUACACACUCCAGCAGAAGAUCUUCGUCCUCUUCUUAACGCUGUGGCUGCUCUCCUUGUUAAAGCUUCUAAAUGUGGACCGGCUCCUCUUCCCUCAAAGAGACAUUUACUUAGUUGAAUAUUCCCUAAGUACCUCCCCUUUUGUGAGAAACAGGUUCCCACCUAUCAAGGAUGAAGUCAGGUAUGAAGUUAACUGCUCAGGGAUCUAUGAACAGGAGCCUUUGGAAAUCGGCAAGAGCCUGGAAAUCAGAAGGCAGAACAUCAUCGACUUGGAGGACGGCGAUGUUGUGGCCAUGACAAGUGACUGUGAUAUUUAUCAGACCCUGAGACGGUACCAUGAAAAACUUGUUUCGAGAGAGGAGGAGAGCUUCCCAAUAGCCUACUCACUGGUCGUCCACAAAGACGCAAUUAUGGUUGAAAGGCUAAUUCAUGCAAUUUACAACCAGCACAAUCUUUACUGUAUCCAUUAUGACCUUAAGGCACCGAACGAGUUCAAAGUUGCCAUGAACAACUUAGCGAAGUGCUUCUCCAAUAUUUUCAUCGCUUCCAAAUUGGAAGCUGUGGAGUAUGCCCACAUUUCCAGGCUCCAGGCUGAUUUGAAUUGCCUCUCAGACCUUCUCAAGUCUUCAGUUCAGUGGAAAUACGUCAUCAACCUAUGCGGGCAAGACUUUCCCCUGAAGUCAAAUUUCGAAUUAGUGUCAGAGCUGAAGAAACUCCAAGGGCAGAAUAUGUUAGAGACAGUGAAACCUCCUACUGGUAAAAUGGAAAGGUUUACUUAUCAUCACGAGCUCAGACCGGUGCCUUAUGAAUAUAUGAAGCUUCCGGUGAGGACAAACAUCUCCAAGGAGGCGCCUCCUCAUAACAUUGAGGUGUUUGUAGGCAGUGCUUAUUUUGUUUUAAGUCAAGCAUUUGUUAAAUAUAUUUUCAACAGCUCCCUUGUUGAAGACUUUUUUGCUUGGUCUAAAGAUACAUACUCUCCCGAUGAGCACUUUUGGGCUACCUUAACCCGGAUACCAGGAAUACCUGGAGAAAUUUCCAGAUCAGCCCAGGAUGUGUCCGACCUACAGAGUAAGACCCGUCUGGUCAAAUGGAAUUACUAUGAAGGCUAUUUUUACCCCAAUUGCACUGGAUCACACCUUCGAAGUGUGUGUAUCUACGGCGCUGCAGAAUUACGGUGGCUUAUAAAGGAAGGACAUUGGUUUGCUAAUAAAUUUGAUUCUAAAGUGGACCCUGUCUUGGUUAAAUGUCUAGCAGAAAAGCUUGAAGAACAACAGAGAAAGUCGAUCACUUUGUCUUCAGAAAAGUUCAUUACAGAUAGAAAUCCCAGUCACACGUUAUCAUAAGACCACUAUGGAACUGGGAGUGUCUGAUACAAAGAGUUAAGUAAGAUGGAAUUGUGGAUCCAGGUCUUGCCCAACACCAUCUGAACUUAAAUACUUUUCCAAGGUUGAACCUUCUAUAGAGUUCCAUGCAUGGACUUUGAGUCUGCAUGGACUUUGGUUUCUAAAUGCUGGUUUUGCUUGUCGUCUUACUAAGUCAGAGAUCUUAAAUGUUUAGUGAUAUCACAUUUAUUGAGCACCUAACGGUGCACCAGGCACUUUAUCAAAAGACACGCAGCAACUAACUCUAAGUUGUAAUGAAGUAUGCCCUCAGGAAGCAGUGUUUACCCUCCUGAUGUUCAACUGUGGUGUUUUCGUGUGUCCAAUGUCACAGGGAACGUGCUACUGAAGAUGACUUUGGGGUAUGUGCUCAUCACAGGCCUCUAGUCCCUGAAAGGGUGUGAGGAUGAAGCCAGCACCCUACCUGUUUCUUAGUCCGGCAACCGAGAUGCUUUUGAACUGUUAGACUCUUAGGAUUCCACUACCUCAGAGAAACUCCAAGAACUGUCUGGUCUCCUGCUUGCCAAAGUAUAACUUACCUUUUGGGGCCUCACCUUUUGAUGCAGGGCGGAGGGAAGGCUGUUGGUGUGAGGAUUGUCCGGGAAGGCAGAUGGGCGGCCGGUAGGUGGGUUGGGACAAUUAGUGCCCGAGGAGGCACAAGGGGCUUCUUGAUUCAUCUGCAUUUGCUACACAAUGGUGCCAUGAACGGCUUCCUUUUUAAUUCACUUAUUCCUGAAAACACACGCAUUGAUGAAAAUAAAACUGAGUACUAGUUCAGAAUGUCGCACAGCAGAA